AUGGAACAAGCUUCUCGAGAAUUUGCUGAUUGCUUCUCUGACUCUCCUGCUUCUGUGUAUUCCAAGUACGAAGCAGUAGCUCCUCAGGUUCAUUUCCAGAUUAGUAGUAUGCAGACAAAGGACAUUGAAAGCAAGACCAACCAGGUUGUGAGUAAGGAAAAUUAACAGGCAGGGAAAUAAGUCACAUAAGCUUGACAAAAAGAAAAUCCCUUAUAAGAAGAUCAUCGAAGGACUAGCAAUCAAGAGGCUCUCCAAUAAUAGGCUCAAAUAACAAAUUUCAGAACUCAGGAUUUGUGAAGACCCGAAGUGUUGAAAAUUUAAAACAGAAGUAUAAGAAGAGUGCGAAAUCCACUGAGGAUAACUCUUAUAAGGACUCGUAUGGCCAGCAGGCGAAUCAGAGACUCAAUUUCUUCAAGUUCUCCUCUCCUCUAGAAUUAAGAAACAAACCUGAUCAGGGAAUUCAGAGAGCAAGCUCACAUAAUAGAGUGGUGAAUAAGUUUAUGUAUAGCAGAAAUGGCCUGCUUUCCAAGAACCAGAAGAACCAACAUUCCCAGAUUAGCAGUCGAGAAAGGAGGUUGAAGCAUCAAAGUCAGGAUAUGAGGUUCAGGCCAAGAAUCAAAAAUGAAGUCCUGAAGGGAAUUAAGCUCAAGAAGCAUUCUUAUCAUGACAAAUUUAACAGAUGUGGGCAAUAUCAGAAUGCGGAGAGUGGUGAGCUCCAGACAAUCCACCUUUCUGAAAUGUACGAUGACUACGACCCAUCUGAGAAUUCACCGAUGAGAAAUGAACAUAUUAGAAAACUUUACCUUGAGAAAAUAGAUAAAGCGCAAGAAUUCCGGAAAUUCAGAGAUAUGGAGUAUGCUAGGAGAGGUUUUAAAGGUCAUUAUGUACAUGAGCAUUCCAAAAGUUUGUACUUUGAUAAACCCCUGGAUCGCAAGAAAGAGGCUAAUUUCCAGUCCUUGAAAGUCACUAAGACAGACAAACCUCUGUUCUCCCAGCCUGUAAGAGAAAAGAUGGCUAUUGGCCAUAAGCGAAUGCUAUCAGAUUCAUUAUCACAUCGUAAGGUUUUUCUACGACCAAAAAUAGAGAGAAAUUCUAGGCCUAAUAAGAUCUUUGAUACAUUUGAGAGAUUGAAGAAGACAAAAGAGAUGCGUGUGAUUGUCUAGACAAAAAAUUACUCUAUUCAGGCCAAAACGAGCCUUAUUGGCGUAUUUUGCUCUUUUCAAUAUACCUAU